GUUUUUUUUUUUUUUUUUUUUUUUAAAAUUUGCGUGGUGAAUUGUUAAACUAUUACUGGAAAAUUAUUAAAAUAGUAUUCAAGUGUAGUAUAUUGAUGAAAAAUAUUUAUGGUUUGUUGUUAAUAUUAUUUGUUGUGAUGUGUGCAUGUGAAUUGUCUAGGAUCACUUGAGUAAACAUUGUGUGUAUUAAGGGGUAUCGAGUUACUUCCGUUGGAUUAUUGUCAUCAUCAUUGAAUACAAAAAAACCAUUGAGUUUUUUUUUAUUUAAAAAAUAAAACUGAUGAGAAAUGUGAAGCUGAAGCAGUUUUACAACUGUUAAAAAAUUUGUAUACUCAGUACAUAUUUCCGUUUACUCUUUUUUUUUUUAUUUUUUUUUUUUGUGUGUGAGUUAAUUUUAAAAAUUGACGUUUAAUAAUAUAAUAAAUUCCAUUAUCAAUUUAUUAUAUUGUUGGAAUUGUAGAAUAAUAUCGUGUAAUUUUUAUUGUGAAAUAAUUUUGUUGACAAUUAUAAAACGACAUGAGACACGAUUUAAUUUUCAAUGAAAAUUCAAUUCAAGUUGUUGAUGGUUAAUCAAGGUCAAUAUUGUCAAGUAAAAGUUGACGUUAUUAUUUAUCAUGAAAUAAUCGAUAACGUGAUUUUAUCACUUCAAUAAUAGUGCACAAUUUGUUUUGGUUGUUUUUUUUUUUUUUAUUUAUUUAUCGGAUUACAAUUGAGAAAAUAAAAGAGUGAUGAUUUAAAAAAGAAGAAAGAAGAAAAAAAAAACAAAAACAAAAUGGAUUAUGUUGUUGAGUAAAAGUGAGAUUGUCAUUUAUUUCACUUAUAAUUUUUGUGGGUGUUUAUGUUGUUUAUUCACCGAGUCAGGAUGAUGAUGGCACCACAAGUCGUGGGUGUUUUGCUGAAAAAACCAGGACAGCAAAAUCACCCACGUGUACCAUCUUUUGAUCAGCAAGACACCAAAAUUCGAGGAGAAAUGUUUGUUGAAGAACUGGGUGAAAGGAGAAUGGUAUCGAUCAGAAUGGGCUGGUUGUGGGUUGAAGGAACACCAAUGAAACUUGCAUUGAGGGCACUGAACUUACGACAAGCAUCAUCAGGACUUUGUCAACCCCAUGCACUUGCACUUGGUUUUACACUAAGUAAUUCAAAGGAUGAUCAAUUGGCAUCAUUUUGGGUUGAUUCAGAGGCAAUUUAUUGGUCAUGGGUACGUGCAAUUGCUGCUGAAUUAGUACGUCAAACACCAUUUCGAGCACAAAGAUGUUUAAAUUUUCUUGAAAUAUUAACAAUUUGUCCACGUGGUCCAUUACCAUUACCAGACAGUCCAACAGAUCAUCAACGUAGACGUUCACGUAGUGAAUUACGUUGUUGGCUGAGUGAUUCACAUAUACAAAAAAAUAAUAAUAAUAUUAAUAUUAUUAAUAAUAACAAUAACAACAAUAAUAGCAUCAUCAACAACAACAAUAAUAAAAACAACAUAAAUAUUAAUAAUAAAAAUAUAAAUUUACCAAUAAUUGAUGAUCAUCAUAGACGUGCAAGAAGUGAAUUACGUUGUUGGUCAAGUAGUAAUUCAAGUGAUGAAGAUAUUGUUAAUGAUUAUCGUACAAUAAUACCAGUAUUACCAAAACAUCAAACGAUAACACGUACAUGGGGAUGUAGUGAAAGUAGUGAGGGUAGUGAUGAUAGUUUAACAUGGAAUGGUAAUACAAUAUCAUCAUCAACAACAACAAUAAUAUUAUCAUCAGAUGUUGCACCAACAAGUGAACAAAGAAUACAACGUUAUAAAGAAGCAAGAAGACGUGAAAAUGAAGCAAGAACAAAACGUGUACUUGAAGAAGAUGCUAAAAAAAGAAAAGCUAAAGUUGAAGAAAUUAAUAAUAAUAAUAUAACAAAAUAUGAACAAUUAAAAUUAAUUAAAAAACAUUAUUAUGAUAAUAAUGAUUAUAAAAAAAAUUAUGAUACUGUUGAUUCAAUUAAUAUUAAAUUACCACCAAUAAAACCAAUUGAUACAUCAACAUUAUUACAACAAAAAGAUUAUAAAAAUAAUCAUAAUAAUAAACAAAAUAUAAAUAAUAAUAAUAAUAAUAAAAAUAAAAAUAUAACAAUUGUUAGAACUGAUUCUGGUGAAAGAAGAAGUCGUGCUAGAGAAAGAAGAAAUUUACGUACUGAAAUAAAAACACUUCAAGAUUAUAAAGAAACACAAUUAAAAAAUGAAUUAAAUAGUAAAAAUUUAAUAAUAUUAAAUAAUAGUGUUAAUGAUAGUUUUGAAAAAAAAGAAAAAUCAAUAUAUUUAUCAAGUAAAAAUUCAAUAAAUGAUUCAACAGUAUCAAUGAAUAAUUCAACAGUAUCAUGUGAAGAAGAUGUUGCAAAAUUAUUAGAAAGAUGUCAAAGAGUUGAUCAUUAUGUACCAGUACGUGAAAAAUUAACAUUAUUUGAAUCAUUAUCAAGAAUGGGUGGUAGACUUGCAAGAAGUACUGAAGAUCUUGGUAGAUCAAUUAAUAAAACACCACCAAAAGGUAAACAAAGAGCAAGAUCACUUCAUGAUCUUAAUAGAGGUAAUAAACCAUUACCAGUACGUGAAAUGUGUAGAUUAUUUGAGGGUGGUGAACAUGACAAUGAACAUGAAAUUUCAUUAAAGGCCAAAGAACAAAAACAACAACAAUUAUCAAAAAUUGAUCCACCAUGUGUAAGAGCUUCUAGGAGAAAAAAAAAUUAUAAAUAAUUCAUGACCAAAGA